AUGGGGAAAGCAAGGGAGGACUACCUUGCCGAGAGCAUCCUGGAGGCUACUGCAUACAUCACCUAUAUCGACCAGGGAGGAACGGAGGCUGGAUGGAAUCAGUUGUCACCUGAAGAACGAAAUCAACUCAGAGUGAUCAAGGAUCCUGUCAAAUUCCUACAAGGAAGUGAUUGGUGCUUCGAGGAUUUCCAAAUGGACCCUGGGUUGUCACGUCGACCUGUGUGGAAUGACCUCCCUCUGAUCUUCCUAGGCUACACGGUGAAGAUUUCGAUAGAGGACACACAACGUGAUAGGUGCAUGCAACAGUGCAUCGAGCAUCUCCUUUUGCAGAAUUACAUGGUUCCCAACAGCUUGCCUGACAGCAGUGAAUGCCAUAUUGGUCACUUGCUACAUGGAAUGGUCACACUGGUCAAGAAAUACCACAGCUCAAAAAGUCCCUGGACUCGCAACGUUUGCAUUUUGGACUUGUCAGAUGCAAAGAAAUCCAGGCUUCAGAAUUUGGUCCUCGACGACAUCGCCUUAGUAUUUGUCAUAGCGUCCUCACGAUCACAUUGGGCACUAGCUGCUGCACAUGAAGCUGAUGCUCGUGUGGUGAUCUAUGAUGGAAAGCAAAACAAUUUCAUUCAUCAGAAGGUGUUGGACUGGGCCAAGCAGGUUGUGGAAGGCGAAUGUGACAUCGUCUACGCAGACGUGCCUAGCCAGAGAGACAACUGGAGCUGUGGACAACGAGUGCUCUUGGCUACCGAGUACAUUCUUCAGGAAAUCUUCAUCAACCGCGAAAGUGCCCUUCCUUUGGUUCUGCCCCACGACUUUGCAUCGCAGGAGAAUAUUCAACGCUUGAGCACUUCAACACUUGAGAUGGGACCUCCAAUAGAAACCAAGAAAGAGUCCAUGCCUGCGCAGAAGUCCCAGCCCAAGCUCAUCAAGCGGCAGCAGACUGAGGCAGCGCAGCCCAGUGAGUCAGUGUUCAAGCGACAGAAGGCUGAGCCAGCGCAGCCCACUGAGCCAGAAUUGAAGCGACAGAAGGUUGAAA